CUUGUCUGUGCACUGUGCUCACGCGUGAGGCGCGACUUUUCUUCACAGGAGGGUCCACCAUCAGAUAAAUAACCACGAUUCCAUGCCAAUCGCCAUUACCCAGGAAAAAACAGUGACCUGAAAUAUACUGGGCUUCUCACUGAUUUGGUCGGCUAGGCCUAGUGAUUCUACCCACAUUGCCAAUCGCCCCGCCGAUACCUCUCAUCAUGGCAGCCAACAAGAUGGCAGUUGAGCCUGAUCCGAGUCUCAAUGUUCAAGGAGAUUUGCUCCCUCACGUCCAUCUCCUGUCGACAUACCGAUACCCAUUGAUGCCACGACUCGAUUUACAAGAAGUGACUAACUGGCUGCUUGGCGCGCCCAAGGUCGCCCGCGACACUGCCCCUUUCUUCUGGACUUACCUUGAGACCCCUCAAGAUGGCUCAAUAUAUUUGACCUGGCAACCACUGGUGCGACGCGGUAUCGAUUUUGCCAGUGAUGGAUACGUGUGGGCUUCCCCUGAGACUUACUACCGCCAGGAAGUCGGGAAUAGACUGAUUCUCGAGAUAUACUUCCAAAGGUCCGGCUACCGUAUGGGCGAACCGGCCGCCGUGCACUCGAGGCGACGCUUCCGUCUCAUGCCGCCACAGGCGGGCGCGCCAAACACACCUCCAGUCGAUCCUCGCCUGUGGAUCGUUCACUACGGACCAGCCGAAAAGAGCGACCGGUUGCCUGUAAACAUGAUCCCCGUCACUCCGCAGAUGCAGCAAACCUUGAACUUCCGCCAGCAACUGAUGUCGAUGGGCCAAAUCGUCCGGAAGGAGUUCAUGCUCUCGGACCGCGUCAACUGGCCUCACCUUCCUCUACCAGGGCGAGGCAACGCCAUGUAUGCGCCACCGGCGAAUGUUCGCGGUGUCCCGCAGACGAUGGCAUAUCCCCCGCACGGUCCUCCCGCAGCGGGCCCAACCCCCAAGCGCCGGGCAGGACAAGUUGCGCCGCAAGCCCAGGCCCAUCAACAACCCAUGAUCGGGGCAGUUCCGUCGCUAGAAGCAGCUUACGACGAUGAGGAAGACACGUCACGGGGCGACCUGUUUGACCAAAUGACCCUCCGGGAGGUCAGCAUAGCCCGAUAUCAACAAAACCACGAGUGGAUGGAAGAGAUCCUGUCUUCACCCUACCGUAUUCUGCAGAUCAUCGCUCCAGACCUUGGAUUGGGUCUCAAGGGGGAACUCGCGUCUUUGACAGAUGGGAUCUUCGAAGCUCAAGGCAGCGAGGCCUUGUCCGUCCCGCCCAAGAAACCAUAUAUUGGUCAACUGGACCCUGGCCUGGCCGCCGAGUUUGAGAAACGUGUCCAGGAGAAGAUCGAGUCGACCAAUGCCGAGAUUGAGCAAAUGAAGGCUGAUCAUGCAGAGGUAGUAGCCAAGCUGAGGGACAACGCAAUCAUCAAGGAUGCUGAGAUUGAUCUGCGGUCGACGGUGGAAGAGAUGGGACCGGAAUUCUGGCGACUCGAAGGCAAGCUGGAAGAAGACGAAGACGGGGCGAUCAGAUCGCCUCAAAGGCACGAGAAGAAGAGUAUUGAGGAUAUUCUGGCUCAAGUCGAAGUGCCUCUGGGCAAGCACGCCGCGGUGGUCCAUGACGUCCAUCGAGUCCAGGAUGGCGGAUAUCAGGAGCCUCUGCCGGAACCUGAGCCCGUUCCGCAAGCUCCGCAGAUGGCCAUUGGAGUUCCGGAUGCUGGCGCAAGCGCCCCGAUGUCUCGGCAGCUGUCCCAGAACGAAUCCCAGAAUAGUGGUAUCAUGAUCGGCGACUCUGAUAUUGACAUGGGUGGGACUGCUGCGGGCCUUUUGGAUCAGAUGCACACCGGCUUCUCAUCGACACCAACGCCUGUCAACAAUUUCCCGACACCGCAACCGCACCUCUCUGCCAUGGCUUCUUCCGUCGUUACCCCCUCCAACAUAAAUGCGCCAUCCCCACAGCCAACGCAGGCAACAUCGGCCGCCCAACCCCCAACAUCAGCAGCCCACGCUGCCGGAGAUGUCAGGAUGGAGGAUGCAAGUGCGGCUAAAGCCGAGGCACCCACGAUCCCCGAUCAGGGAACGGGGAGUGGCGACUGGGUAGUCGUACAAAAGACGGACGGCUCCGGGAACUCGUCGCCCAACCUGCCGGGAGCCUCCGGGACUCCGCAGCCCCAGCCGACAUCUACCACGGAGCCGGCCACCCAGGCGCAGCAUACCCAGGUGCCGAGCAAGCCUGCGUCGGCGGCCCCCACGCCGGGCGACGGCUCCGCGUUCGACGGCGACCACGGCGACUUCAGCUCGCUGGGCGACCUGGACACGGCGGGAGACGCGCUGGCGAGCUACGACGGGGCCGGGGGCUCCGACCUGGCCGAGGGGCUCGACCUGAACAUGGACAUGGAGGACUCGGCGUUCGGGGACGCGUUCCACGGCGUGGACCGGUCCGCCGGGGGCACGCCUGCCGAUGGCGGCAUCUAGGGUAUGCGGCAGCUAGGUAAGCUAAGCUAAGGGGGCGAGAAACGACCUUUGUGACACACAUGUACACAUAUUGCAGAUUCCCCCGAGGGGGCGGACAAGUCAU